AUGUCGUCGACUAAGGUUCAACAAGUUUCACGCAAGAGAUUGGGAUCUCCAAUUUACGAGGCCGCUAAUCUGCCAACCUCCAAAAGAUCAAGAAAGAUCAUAGUCAUAAGCAAGGAAGAAGAGGAUCCGGUCAGUACUGAGAAAGAACAAUUAGAAACAUCAAAGCCCGAGUCUGAACGACCAACAGAGGAAACGCGGACCAUUUCCCAAAUUACAUUUAAUCAACGUCAUCAAUCAAUUUUAUCGAUUGUUCAUUUUAAAGAACCAUUGCAAUUACAACUGGAAUACCCAAUACCUGAAGUAAGCCCCCAUGAAGUAUUGGUUCAAAACAAGGCCAUUGGACUAAACCCCAUUGAUUGGAAGGGCAAAAAGUACGGUUUUGGAAUAUAUCACUUCCCUUGGAUUAAUGGUCGUGAAUCCAGUGGAGAUAUCGUUAAAGUUGGUUCCAAAGUCGCCCACUCUGAGAUUAAUAAUUUGUCAAUUGGAGAUAAAGUAAUUGUUAGCUCAACAAGCUACAGAGAUAACCGUACAUCCACAUUUCAACAAUUCACGGCGAUUGAUUCGCGUUUGGUGUGGAAAUUGCCUCCACAGUACAGUUAUGAAGACGGAGCCACGAUUGGUGUUGGUUUGGUCACAGCUGGAAUCUUGUUAUACAAUUCUUUUGGAUUUGAAUUGACUUCAACUCCAAAGCAACGUACAGGUACGUUGUUGGUUUGGGGAGGUUCAACAAUUGUUGGAAUUUACAGUGCCCAAAUGGCUAAAUUGCAUGGCUUGACGGUGAUUGCAAUUGCUGGGAACAAGCAUGCUUCCUAUUUAACGCUGUUGGGAGUUGACCAUGUCAUUGAUCGGUUUGGCACUGAUGAAGAGAUCUUGGCCAAAAUUGAUGAAUUGGCACCACAUGGGGUUGAUUUUGGUAUUGAUUGUGUGUCAAAAGAGACUGCAAUUAAAGUAUUGAAUAUACUUGAUACAAACAGUGACAAACUUGAACCAAGAACAGGACUAGGUUCAGAGAAGGACGGCGAGAAAAAACCUACCAAGGGUAAACCUUUGUUUGCUGGUGUUGUUGGUGUACCUAGAGACGAUCAAGUUCCUAAACUGGUGACGUUGAAACCAGUAGUGAUCAAGAGAUUUCAUGAAGAUAUUGAAUUUGGAGCAAAAUUUAUUGCCAUUACAACAUCGUUCCUUGAAAAGUCACAAAUCAAGCCUGCUAGGUAUAAACAAUACGAUGGUGGACUUGAAAUUAUUGAAGGGGCAUUAAAUGAUUUAGAAAAGAUUGGUGCAAAUGGAGAGAAAUACGUUGUCAGUAUAAAGGAUUGA